AUGUACGCAGGAUUGGAAUGUCCAAAGCUCUUUCAGUGGAGUUCAAGGGCUCCUUUUGAAGGAAGCGAGUCUUUCAUAGCUCUGAAAAGAUCCUUUCCCCAUUCUCCUUCUCCUUCCCUUUCGUCCUCCCCUCCGCCCAGUUCAACCCCGAGCAUAUUCAUCUAUAGAUACGUGGGAGUUCACGGGGGAAAUACUUUGUCAAAACGAGAAUUCUUUCAUCCAAUGUGUUUCCGAACACAUGAUGGGACACCAAGGGAAAAAAUGAGGAGAAAUGAAAGGCCAGUUGCUCGGGCCAUUUCCAAUGAAUCAACCUCCAAAUGUCAUCACCCGUCCCCAGUCAGGAAAAGCUUUAGUCUUCUCAAUGCCAAGACAAGCCCCUCAAGCCCCCGGCGGGCCGUGAUUGGCCGCGGCGUCCAGGAGGCGGGGCGAAGCCGCCGGCGACGGAAGCCGCCGAGGUCCGAGCCGGGCCGUUCCCGAAGUCCGCGCCGCCGCCGAAAGGAGGCGCUUCGGUUUGCGAUGGCGACGUCGGGGGACCGAGGCGGCCGGGCGGAGGGGCCGGCGCCCGACAUCCCGGUCACCUACUACAGCCUGGAGGAGGUGGCCGGGCGCAACUCGCACGCGGAGUCGUGGCUGGUCAUCCACGGCAAGGUCUACGACAUCACCCGCUUCCUCAGCGAGCACCCAGGCGGAGAAGAGGUUCUGCUCGAGCAGGCUGGAGGUGAUGCCUCAGAAAGCUUUGAAGAUGUAGGGCACUCCAUGGAUGCCAGGGAAAUGCUCAAACAGUACUACAUUGGGGAGAUCCAUCCGAAUGAACGUAAAAAGAAAGAUUCCAAGAGUGUUUCCAACUCAUUUGGCCAAAGGUGCAACUGGAUUAUCCCCGUCAUUGGAGUUGUUUUAUUAGCUGUCAUGUAUCGCUACUACAUGGGGGAGAGCAGAGCUUCUUGAUCCCGCCUCAGUGAAACCUGCAGAGUGCAAGCCUUUCAAAGAGAGAAGCAAGCCUGCUUUGUUGAGACUUUUGGAUGCCCCUCUCCUUGAAUUCUGUCAAUUUUAUUUUCACCCUUUGGCUUCUCUGGCAACAGGAGAAACCAAGAUAAUGCUACCCCCGUUGACCUCAAAUCUGGGACCAACACUUGUCGUCUUACCUCUCCUUCCCCUUCAGACACCCUCACUCACCAGUAGUAGUAGUCUCUCAGGAUUUAAUUUUGGACUCAAUCUGCCCUCCCUCCUUAGGUUUAUAGGAAUCAUUUUUCAUUCCACAACUUUCUGCCACCAGUUACAUUCAGAUGGAAGAGCUGCUAGUGGGUGAAUCCGUAAAACAUUCUGUGCUUCAUGUGCACAUCUGCAGAAGAAAUUCUGCGUGGGUCUGGUGUUUCGGCCUUUGCAAUAAAGUGGUCUGAGAUCUAAUACUUUGAAUGGAUCCAGGGCGUUCUUAACAGGAGAAGCAGCAAACAUCUAUUCUUUGAAGAUAGUCUUCCCCUUUCUUUACAUUGAUAUGCACCUUUGAAUGGAAAAAAUACCGAUUUUCAAAAAGACAAGUCUGACUUAAUUUUCCUAUUUCUAUUCUGAGCUGGUUGUCAUGAAAGGUAGAAGUACACAGCCACCACGCCUGAAAGACAACUUCAUGAGCUGCUAAUUGCCUCUGAAUGGAAACAUCAGAACUAGAACUAAGCGGUUGCUAGAUAGAUCUACUGUUAUGUUCCUGAAACCUCUGAGCCUACACUGGAUGUUUUGGUAUUCAGUAGCCAAGUUGAUCUUCAAAACAUUUUGGGUAAAUGGAAAUUCAAAUUCCAAAUGGUUUUGGUGAGAAGGUAAGACUUUCUAAAACCUUCUGCCUUGGCUUGACCCCAUACUUCUUCAGAUGAAUUUUGAGAUUGAAGUUGAAAUGCAGAGUGGACUUUGUGAUUUUUCUUUUGAGUUCCAUUCCAUGAGGAAAUUGGAAGGAUCAUCUUUUGCUGAAAAAUGGCUCCGACAGGGAGUGAAAAGUUUUGGAUUUUCCAGUUCCUUUCACUACAUAUGGGGUGGAUAUAGUAAUUGGCACAACUAAAUGGCAUGUUCAAAGAAGGGAUGAUAGGAAGGGAAACCUUGUUCUCUGCUGGGCCUCAGUGACUCAAUAGCUUUAAUUGUGAUUCUGUGGGAAUGUUCCAAGGAAAAUAUUUUUUUCUGGAUAUGAGUCUUGCUGAGGAAUAAUUGAUUUUGUUCAAAUUUGUAGCCACUUUUCCACGCUCCUUUGCAAGCUAGAAGCUUGCCUAGUCUACCUAUGUAAAAUAACUGAGUGACCGGUUGAUGAUUUCACUUUGCCUUGUAGGAAAGAUCGCCCUAUGUCUGAAUACAUUUAAAGACCUGUGCUUUAUCCAAUCCAGAAGGAAGCAGCUUAGUUCGUAAAGCAACAGUCAUGCCCAAUUCCUCUCGCCUUUUCCCGUUUUCCAGGGACCCGACAGGACAAGGAGCAGCAAGCCGGAUCCAGGCAUACUACUUAAGGAAACACUGAGCUAAGGUCUUGUUCUGAGUGAAUAUAGACUACAUUAAAUUGCAUUUAUUAGGUACCCACAUAUACAUGGUGUUGUACUGGUUACCUUUAGUGACUUCUUGCAGAAUUUCCUGUUUCUCUACUAAUGGUUUAAAGGAUAUGUUUGUUAAGGCUCAACAAACGAAUGGCCCCUCAAAAAUUAAGCAUUUCUUGAAUUUAUUCCAAAGCCUUUGCUUUAAAGUGUAAAUAAGCCUUUUGCACUGGGGAGAAAAAAUUAAUUAACUGUAGGGUGAAGGACUUGAUUAGACCAGAGGUUGUCAAAUGGUAUGAAAUCCUUGGAGAUAAAUAUAUUGGGGGGAUUUCACCCGUUUUGACACCUGUCCUGAGCCCCAUGAUUCCUCUGUAGCUUUUGUUUCUAUAACGGUUUCAAGGGGGACCGAGUCAUUGGCGGCCCUAGAUGAAUGGGGUGCAGGAGUAGGAGAAAGCGGAGGGAUAAUUUUAGGUGAAACAUUGAGGCAGGGAGGGGAUCAGCUUCUCAAAAAGAUUGAAAACAUCUGAUGUAGAUCACUGGUCUCAGAAGAGGACUGCCGUAGGUGAAGGGAUUUGCUAUGCCACACUUCUGGAUCUCUGAGGUUUUUUUGGCGUAGCUUUUUCCACCCAGGGAGCCAAACUGAGCUAGAAGAUACCCAGGUCGAUAGAAGAGUGUUAUCAAGUCUCCAAAAUUGAGUGAAAAUCAGUCACCAUUAAUCUAGAUUGGAAGGGGUUUUAACAAACCUCAGUCCCAGUAUGUAAAAGUCGGUUUGAUAUUUUUAAGGGGAAAACAAUAAAACAAGUAAUGUGGAGCUUUUUUUCCUGCUACAUGUCUCUUCCUGUUUACAUCUAAUCUUGUUCUCACUCUGUGCCAAAUGUGAAUUCUUCUGGUCUUGCCCCCACCAAAUACACAACCUACCCGGGUCUUUGGGUUCCUUUUUGUCUCACUCUUUAUGUUCAGGGUUGUUUUGUAUUGUGUAAACUGCUCUUGGGUACACGACUGGCAGACAAGAGAGCACAAGAUCCUGAGUGUCUACAUGCAACCCACUGUCCCUGUAAUCAGCUCCUUUGCACAAGUUCUCUGUCCUGAAGUCUCAGGCUGAGACUUAGCCGUCACCCUCGACAGGAAAGGUAGGUUUACCUGCAGUAUAAUGGCCUUGGCUUUUCUGUUUUGCCAGUCCUCAUUAGUUUGUUUGUUCCCUGGAGUUGAAUGCACCAAGUUUUGUCCUGGAAGUGCAAAUUUUGUGCAGGAGAUUAAAUCAGCAUCAUCGUCAGCAUCAGUAAUGUAGGACAGACGAAGCUAUUGUUGGGUACUUGCGAGUAGCUCCCCUUUGGCUACCAGUGCCCAUUGGAGCUAGUCUUUAGGGUAUUCUGUUGUUUAUUUCCGAGGAAGACGAGCUAUGGUGCAAUAUACCAUUGAGUCAAUGCCACAAAAUGUCUAGGGAGCAAACCCCACUAGGGGAGGGAAAAGGGGAAAAAUUGUCGGUCACCCCCGUUAGAGUUUGGAUGACCGAGCCCCUAGAAUUUCUUAAGAUGGCUUCUGCCCUUGGCAAGAAAACAAAUGUGGUAGUGGCACGUUAGGAUAUGAAGGGACGAAGUUUGCUUUGAAUUGAGUUGUCUUAACUGAACUGCUGAACAAGGAGUAAAAUUCCACUGGAACCUAUAACGUCAGCUUCUGGAGUUCUUUAGCAGCUGUCGUAAACUUAUGGAUUGUGAAAUAGGAACAUUGUUAGCUUUAUAUUCAGUUGGUUCAGUUAUGGGGCAGUGACAAAUGUUUUACGGACUAUGUCAUUGUUUAUUGUCUCCCCUGCUUAAACUUUGUCGUGAUAUCUAUCUGGUUCGGGAGCCCGGGUGUAUGAAGAAAAAAAUGAACGUUCAUUACCUUCUGCCCCAAGAGAGAUGGGUUCAUCCGUUUCGUGCCUCAACAAGAAGUUCACUUGUUGAACCACCUCCUGUAGUUGCCCAACAUCACAAACCAUUGGGGAGUUUGGCAGGAUUGGCCGUCCUGUACUAGAGAAGCCUGGGGCUGGAAUUUUGUGGGGGUGAUGUAGGUGGAGAAGGGUUGACACGCACUAGAAAUGUGGAGACACUUUUACAGUUGCCUGCUCAGUGCCUCACUAGGUUUUUCCAAUACUUUCUUGGGUGCCUAAAUCCUGAAUUUGCACACUUGGAGAAAAAUUCCGAAGAACCAUCUCCUAUAUUCUUAACUUUGACAUGAACACAUCUCUGACAUUAACAUCCCUAUUGUGUAUUCAGUAAUUGGGUUUGUUUACCUAUUUUAUUUCAGAAUACUUUAAACAAAGAUCUUUGUCUCUACUGGAAUGUGCACACAGUGAUUGUUUGUUAGCAGAACUGACACAAUAAAGAUACUGUUUCACUUUC